AGAUCUCCCUUGAAGAGGGCUGGUAUAUUUGUGCCUGCUGGAGGUGGAAUUAACAGUUAGAAGGAGAAAGGGAUUGAAUGGACUUACAGGAAGGUUUUCAAGUAAAUUCAGGGAAACACAUUUACUUGAAUAGUACAACCUUGAGUCUUAUUUUACACUAAGACGACACAAAAGAUGGUAAAGUUAUCACCAAGCUGCCGGACAAAUAUAUAUUCCAACACCAAGGUGCAGACCAGCAUAGAUCUGUGAUUCAGAAAUCAGGAUUUGUCUUGGAAAGAGCUCAAGGGUUGAGAAGAACUCAAGAGCAAGUGAAGAUAACUCUGGGAACUACAGUUUAUCAGAAGAUCAACUUUCGUUGAUUCAAAUACCAAAGGCCUGAUUAUCAUAAAUCCAUAUAGGAAUGCAUAGGUCAUCUGAUCAAAUAAUAUUAGCCGUCUUCUGCUACAUCAAUGCAGCAAAAACUCUUAACAACUGUGGAUAAUUGGAAAUCCAAGUUUCAGCUUUCUUUGAAAUAACUACUCUUGACAUAUUCCAAAAUAUUUAAAAUAGGACAGGAAAAUCAGUGAGAAUGUUAUGUUCAGAAAUGUCACUGUCAUGAAGAAUAGGUAAAUUUGUUUUUUCAGCUCCUGGGAAAGCGUACCUCCUAGGAACUUAGAUUUUUUUUUUUUUUUUUUUUUUUUUUUAAGAGGACAAGAAGGACUAAAAAUAUCAACUUUUGCUUUUGGACAAAAAUGCAUCUGACUGUAUUUCUACUUAGGAGUAUUGUGGGUUUCCUCUGGAGCUGCUGGGUUCUAGUGGGUUAUGCAAAAGGAGGUUUGGGAGACAAUCAUGUUCACUCCAGUUUUAUUUAUAGAAGACUACGGAACCAUGAAAGACGGGAAAUACAGAGAGAAAUUCUCUCUAUCUUGGGUUUGCCUCAUAGACCCAGACCAUUUUCACCUGGAAAACAAGCUUCCUCUGCACCUCUCUUUAUGCUGGACCUAUACAAUGCUAUGGCCAAUGAAGAAAAUCCCGAAGAGUCGGAAUACUCAGUGAGGGCAUCCCUGGCAGGAGAGACCAGAGGAACAAGAAAAGGAUAUCCAGCCUCUCCCAAUGGGUACCCUCGUCGCAUACAGUUAUCUCGAACGACUCCUCUGACCACCCAGAGCCCACCUCUAGCCAGCCUACAUGAUACCAACUUUCUGAAUGAUGCUGACAUGGUCAUGAGCUUUGUCAAUUUAGUUGAAAGAGACAAGGAUUUUUCUCACCAGCGAAGGCAUUACAAAGAAUUCCGAUUUGAUCUGACUCAAAUUCCUCAUGGGGAAGCAGUGACAGCUGCUGAAUUCCGGAUAUACAAGGACCAGAGCAAUAGUCGAUUUGAAAAUGAAACGAUUAAGAUUAGCAUAUAUCAGAUCAUCAAGGAAUACACAAAUAGGGAUGCAGAUCUGUUCCUGUUAGACACAAGGAAGGCCCAAGCUUUAGAUGUGGGUUGGCUUGUCUUUGAUAUCACUGUGACCAGCAAUCAUUGGGUAAUUAAUCCACAGAAUAAUUUGGGUUUACAACUCUGUGCAGAAACGGGAGAUGGACGCAGUAUCAAUGUAAAAUCCGCUGGUCUUGUGGGAAGACAUGGGCCUCAGUCAAAACAACCAUUCAUGGUGGCCUUCUUCAAGGCAAGUGAGGUACUUCUUCGAUCUGUGAGAGCAGCUAACAAAAGGAAAAAUCAAAACCGCAAUAAAUCCAGCUCUCAUCAGGACUCCUCCAGAAUGUCCAGUGUUGGAGAUUAUAAUACGAGUGAACAAAAACAAGCCUGUAAGAAGCAUGAGCUCUAUGUGAGUUUCCGGGAUCUGGGAUGGCAGGACUGGAUUAUAGCACCAGAAGGAUAUGCUGCAUUUUAUUGUGAUGGAGAAUGUUCUUUUCCACUCAAUGCUCACAUGAAUGCCACCAACCAUGCCAUAGUUCAGACUCUGGUACAUCUGAUGUUUCCUGACCACGUACCAAAGCCUUGUUGUGCUCCAACCAAAUUAAAUGCCAUCUCUGUGCUGUACUUUGAUGACAGCUCCAAUGUCAUUCUGAAAAAAUACAGAAAUAUGGUAGUGCGCUCAUGUGGCUGCCACUAAUAUUAAAUAAUAAUGGUAAUAAGAAAAAUAUCUGUAUUAAGGUUUACAAUUAUAAUAAAAAGUAUGCUUUCAGACAAGAA